AUGCAGCGUAUUAGGUGUCAGAUAAACCCAACCGACCCAAACGGUCCGUGCUUCACGUGCCAAAAGGUUUCGGCGAAUACUAGAGUGCGGCGGUUGCCAUGUCUCCGUUACAAGAUCACGGAGGUAAGACUGUUCAAGCCCGGCCAAGUGCGUGGUUUUGAAUGGACGAAGCGAUGGAGAGACAAUAUCGUUGAUAACAUCUCCAACUGGGCGUCGGACGAAAUCAGAAUUAUCCACGUAUCCGAGGGCUAUACGCGGCGGCCUGUUGAGCUCCGGGUCCGCAAGUUCAUCCCUCAAGAGGGGGAUAAGCUCGAACGAUCAUGGGUUGUGAAUGGUGUCAAGAGGUCUGUUUCUAUCCCACCUUACGCCAUCGUUGAUCUGGAGGCCGCUCGCAAAGCCUAUUCGGAACACAUCGACCGCGGCAUUGUCGAGUGUCUUGAGGCUAUUGUAAAAUCACGCCGUAGCCUCUUGUGGAAGACGUAUGACCUAGCUUGGCAGAUGGCUCAAGACGAGAAGGUAUCCAAGGACGAAAGAGAACUGCUUCAAUUGACCCUCAGGCUAUGGGUAUCAGUCCGCUUAACGACGAAGUCAACGAUUAUCGUCGGCAAGGAGACACUCGGCAUGCCAUCCAAUAUUAUGGACGAGUCCAGCCCUAUUCAUGGUUGCAUCCCGCUUCCCCCAGUCAUGGGCGCGCAACUUGACCUCAUCCUCAUCCACCAAAUCCAGUCAGCUUUGCGUCGCGACCUUUUGGAUAAACUUCAGAGGAUGAUACAAACGAAUAAGCAGAAAACAUGGCUUACAUCUUAUCUCGUAACAUUCAUCCUCCUCCACAACGUCGCUCUAAUAACCAAUCAUGACGCAAGUUACGCCCGAAAGCAUGGAAUCCAGAAACGGUUCGCAAGGGAAGACAAAGUGAGGGAAUAUCAUCUGGGAGCGAAUAUCCUUCUGGCAUACUUCCACUACUGCAACAAGGGCAUCUACCCUUUCUCGAAUGAAUGCAAAGAUCAAGAUUUGAGAAACCUAGCCGAAUUAGACGACGAUAGACUCAAUUUCGUGAAGGAGACCAGGUCGUACGCAGUUGAGCAAAAGUGCCAGUGGGAAAGACUCCACAGAGAAGGCCUGUUCGAAGACGAUCACUUCUUCGUGAGUCAGCUUUUCGUCGAGAAUUGGGAGCCCCGCACGACGGUGUAA